UCCUCCUGUCUGACUUUUUUCUUCACAUCUUUAGACCAGGACUGAGGGCGACAGGAACUCUAAAGGUGUUGCUGUGCACGGGCUGAGUUUAAAUCAAACUGUUGAAAAUUAACUGUAGAGGCUGGAAAAUGAAGAUGUUUGCUCAUUGUGCUGGGAUUCUCCUACUUGUCUUGCAUGCAGCUGAUUCACAGAGUAAUGAAGUAAAAAAGAUUGAGGUUCCUUUGGGAGGCAAGGUAAACAUCAGCUGUGAAACUUCAACUGCGUCCUUCACACGGAUCGUGACCUGGUACAAGGAAGGAGAAAACAGAAACCUGGGCAAGAUUGAUCAGGAUGACAAGAAGUUGAAUAGAAAGUCAACAUGCACCUCACACUUCUGUAACCUGAUUAUCAACAAUGCACAAAGGAAGGUCUCUGGUAUUUAUACCUGUGUUGAACAUCAGGGAGCUAACAUACUACUCAUGCACAGGACAAGAGUGAUAAUCACAG